CGCCGCAUUUCCAUGGGGUGACUACAUACUUGAAUAGGGUAUCUGUGGGCAAGGACAGGGCGUGGAUUUUCGCCGAUCGCGACCACAUUUUACGGGCCACAGGACCAUCAAGUAUGCCGCUCAGUUCUGGACGGUGGCUGACUGGCCAUCCCCCCUGCCAGUGUUCCAUACGUAGUAUGUACUCUGUCUCUUGCUCACUCGUUAUCCACCUGCUUUUCUCGAUUUUUACUCCAUCCGCACUCUCGUUACCCCCCAGUUCAGGAACGUCAACCCUCGUACAGCCGCACCAUCGCGUUCGAAUACAAUCUAACGAGUGCAAUGUCCAUGAAGGACCAGGGCGACUCUUCGUCGUCACCUGCGAUUCGGUAUGCACAUCCAGGAUCAAGCACUUCCAGUCGUCAGCACGGUGUCUUCAGCCGUGCAGGUCGACUACAGUUCUGCGAACUCCCAAGUGCCCGCUCCUGAUAUUAUCGAGACGGAAGAUUCCUUGUUUUCUUUCGAUUCUUCAGACGAGCGAUCGUGGACUUACUUUGGGGAUUCGGUAUCUGCCCAUGAAGCUCAGAGCCGGAGCCACAAUUUUAGCAAACCUCCUACCCGUGAUGUUAUCAAAGAAAUCAUUCUUCAGAGCAGACGCGACAAGGGCAUCAUACCUUUCGACGACGCCGACUUGGACGAUGAUGUUGCCGAAUAUAUGCCCCCGUUAACUGGAUAUGCUCAUGUGGACAACGUUUCACGCUUGUACUACAGCACGAAGCCAAUAAGGAGUUCAAUGCGCGAUAUCGCAUGGCCCCUAUCUUACGUGUAUCCUAUUCACGUUAUCCUGGACGUUCUACGUGGUUUACGCGAAACUGGCCGGAUGAUCUUGCCGAAACCCAUUCCUGUUUUAAUCCUCACCCCAGUGGACUACGUCGGUUCCAGCCGCAUCAUACAAGGCGAAGAUGGUUGGGCGGCUAUCGUCCCCAGCAAGACGACUGCUUGGAGUAUUAUCCGCAGACGUGGUGUUGACAAGUUGUUCAGGCCCCUCUUCCGCGAUCCAGCUACUGGUCUCCCUGUGGCAGUCCCGACGGAAAGCAUAACCUUUGGUUCAGCGAUGUAUACCACCCGAUCGAUGGUCACUGCUAUGUUCGGAGUGAACCUGUUUCACGUGUUACCCCAAUCACGUGCUGCUCGUGUCACCGAUCUUUUGGUGGAGUACUUGGGGGUGUAUCUGCUGCGUUACAUCGAUAACGUAGUGAUUCCACAGGAAAGUUGGGACGGGGUUUCGGACGACGAGAAGAAUAGGAUUUGCCGCAACUUCGCUCCGCAUUUACUCGCGGCGUCUGAGCCACGCAGGCAAUUCCCGAUUGUGAAGUUCUCCUACAUCAAGUUCGAUGCGAAUUUCAUUGGCCACGCCGAUAUUCUCCUUGCGAAAUCAAGCUCGACGGAGGCUGUAAUGAGGCUGCAACGCGAUAUCAGGGCGGGGGUGGUCGACAAUAAUCUUGACACGCAAGACAUCAAUUGGGACGAUAUCGGAGACCUGGAUGAUUGCGACAUCCCCUCGUCCGCAUCUCCAAGGCCGUAGUGCAAGGGUCCUCCCUGUUUUGGUGACCCCCCAGUUAUUCGUGUCAUUGAAAUCAGUUCCUACGUCUCACCAUGUUCUACGCACCUCCCUUAACGUACAUAGGAUUAUAAUUGAAGCGAACCUGGACUCGGAUUCUAA